AACAAUAAAACCUGCUGGCACGUUGUCACCCAGUUUCAGCUUAGUACAAACCUUUACUUUGUGUGUCCUUAUAAUAAAAACUAUUAAAGUUUGACUUGCAAAAAUAUAACUCUUCGUGAGGGUCACAAACCCACUCUUUUCUAGCAAUUUUUCGGGUCCUAUAAAUGUGUCUUAACUUUUUUGAAGUCCAUAGGAAAUAAACAUAAGUAAUACAAUGGCUUUAUUUCAUCCAUCAUGGGUAUUCUGCCUUGCAAUCACCGUAUUUGUUUCAUUUGGUUCGGUAUUGGUUGCAGCGGGGUAUGCUUCCCCUCGUGUGCCAAUUGUGUACCGCCCGAGUGCAUGGACUCUUGCCCAUGCCACGUUUUAUGGGGAUGAGUCUGCAUCUUCAACCAUGGGCGGUGCUUGUGGAUAUGGAAACUUGAUAACAAAUGGAUACGGCACGGAUACUGCUGCAUUAAGCUCCACACUAUUUAACAACGGAUAUGCAUGCGGACAAUGUUAUCAGAUGAGAUGUGUCACAUCUCCAUGGUGCUCGAGAGGCAUUGUUACUGUAACCGCCACAAACCUGUGCCCCCCUAACUGGUCUGAGGACUCCAAUAACGGCGGAUGGUGCAACCCACCUAGAACCCAUUUCGACAUGGCCAAGCCCGCUUUCAUGAAAAUCGCUCAAUGGAAAGCCGGCAUUGUCCCAGUCAUGUACCGUAGGGUGCCCUGCGUAAGGAAAGGGGGUCUUAGAUUUUCUUUCCAAGGAAACGGCUACUGGCUCCUCGUCUACAUUAUGAACGUUGGUGGUGCAGGUGAUAUCAAAAGCAUGUGGGUCAAAGGAACCAAGACGGCUUGGAUAAGCAUGAGCCAUAACUGGGGCGCGUCAUAUCAAGCCUUUGCAACACUUCGCGGCCAAGCCCUUUCAUUUAGGCUAACUUCCUUCACAACCAAACAGACGAUAACAGCUUACAAUGUUGCCCCGGCUAACUGGAACCUUGGAUUAACUUACCAAGCUAAUGUCAACUUCCAUUAAUUGAUGUAUCGACCUCAUUGCAUGUUAAUCAUGUCGAUUUUUGCAAAUUUUUCUUUAGGAUUUGCAACACGUUCUUUUUGCCUAUUAAUACAUUGUUUGUGUUAUUACUUGUAAUACCAAAAAAAGAAACUGUUUAAUUAC